AUGGUUCCCAAUGAAGCCCUUCAGUACCAAGGAAUAGUCCGUCUUCUUCUGCAUUUUGGGUGGAAAUGGGUGGGAUUGGUAGCCACUGAUAAUGACAGUGGAGAAUAUUUCUUCAGGAUUUUGGAGCCCAUGCUUUUCCAAGAUAGAACCUGUUCAUCCUUCACAGAGAGACUGCAACCGAACGUCCGACUGUACAACCCACAUGACAUGUUUGAGGACAUUGUCAAUUUUAUGAUAGUUUUUAAUGACAUCAGAGUCAAUGUGAUUGUUAUGUAUGGUGACAGUGUGACCAUGAGGUAUUUGGCCUCCGUUUUAUGGAUGAGAAUUUUGAUGAAUUCUGAAGAGGAUCCUGAGAAUACUGAGAAAAAACCGACUGAAAAAGUGUGGGUUACAACAGCUCAAAUCGAUUUCACAUUCAAUACCUUUGAAAAGGUAGUUGAUAUACAAAAAUUUCAUGGUGCUCUGUCCUUCACAAUUCACUCAAAUCAGGUUCAUGGCUUCUCGGAAUUUCUCCAGACUAUCAAACCUUCUCUGGCAAAUGGAGACGGUUUUAUCAAUAAUUUCUGGGAAAAUGCAUUUGAUUGUUAUCUUUCAGACGUCGAUGCCUCGUGUACCAAAGAGGAGAGACUGGAGACCCUUCCUGGGCCUUUCUUUGAAAUGAGCAUGACUGGCCAUAGCUAUAGUAUCUACAAUGCAGUCUAUGCCGUGGCACAUGCUGUGCAUGCUAGGUACUCAUCUAGAACAAGCCACAGAGCAGCAGAAGAUGAAGGCAGAUGGUCACUUCUAAAUGUGGAAGCCUGGCAGCUCCACUCAUUUCUUCAGACGAUCUCGUUCAACAACAGUGCUGGAGAGGAAAUCACAUUGAAUGAACAUGGAGAAUUAGCAUCUGUCUUUGAUGUUACAAGCUUGGUCACUUUCCCAAAUAACUCCUAUGUCAGAGUGAAAGUUGGAAAGCUGGAUCCUGAAGCUCCUCCAGGAAAAGAAUUAACUAUUGAGGAAGAGAGAAUCCACUGGCCCAAAAAUAUGACUCCGGUGCCCCCCAUUUCUCUGUGUAAUGACCACUGUCGUCCUGGUUAUCAGAAGAUCAAGAAGGAAGAUGAGCCCUUUUGCUGCUACGAUUGUAUUCCAUGCGAAGGAGGGAAGAUUUCAAAUGUGAAAGACAUGGAUGACUGUGUCAAGUGCCCAGAAGAUAAAUAUCCAAACAAGGAUAAUAGUGGAUGCAUCCCCAAAAUAAUAACCUUUCUGUCUUAUGAAGAACCUUUGGGUAUCAGUUUGACUUUGUUUGCUGUCUCUUGCUCCUUGAUAACAUCUUCAGUGCUACAAAUUUUCAUCAAGCACAAAGACACCCCCAUAGUCAAAGCCAACAACCGAAGCCUCAGCUACACCCUCCUCGUCUCCCUCCUGCUCUGCUUCCUCUGUUCAUUUCUUUUCCUCGGCCAACCCAGCAAAGUGACCUGCCUCCUGCGACAAGCAUCGUUCGGCAUCGUCUUCUCAAUGGCGGUUUCUUGCAUAUUGGCAAAAACCAUCAUGGUGGUUCUGGCGUUCUUGGCCACCAAGCCAGGUUCCAGGAUGAGCAAAUGGGUUGGGAAAAGAUUGGCAACCUCCAUUGUCCUUUCCUGCUCCUUUUCUCAAGCAGGCAUUGCUUUAAUUUGGCUAGGAUUCUCACCCCCAUUUCCAGAUUUUAACAGGCACUCGUUAGUAGGAGAGAUCAUACUGGAAUGUAAUGAAGGGUCAGUCACCAUGUUCUACUGUGUCUUGGGCUUUAUGGGUUUCUUGGCCAUUGUCUGCUUCAUGGUGGCUUUCCUAGCCAGGAAUUUGCCUGACACUUUUAAUGAAGCCAAGUUUAUCACCUUCAGCAUGUUGGUCUUCUGCAGUGUUUGGCUGUCCUUUGUCCCAACCUAUUUGAGCACCAAGGGGAAAUACAUGGUGGCUGUAGAAGUCUUCUCCAUCUUGUCCUCCAGUGCUGGGUUGUUAAGUUGUAUCUUUUCCCCCAAAUGCUAUGUUAUUUUGUUGGCACCUGAGCUGAACAACAAAGAGCAGCUGAUGAGAAGAAAGAAAGAGAGAAUCUAA